AUGCAUUUAUCCUCAUUUGAUGAUAUUGAAGAUCAUGUGGAAAUUUAUGCACCAAAUGAUAAUUUAACAUCAAAUGAUAAUAAUAUAUAUAAUGAACCAAAGGAAAAUAUAUUAACAAGGGUUUAUGAACAAGAUGAACCCUAUGAAAUGGUAAGUGAUGAUGAUUUAGAUAAUUUUUCUCUUCCAGAAAUAAUGAAACUACAUGUACCUGACAAACCACGUCGAACAAAUGAACAUGAAACAUAUCAACAACAAUUAUUCGAUUUUAAUGAUGAUGAAAGGGUUCAUGCUCGAGAUGAACCCUCAAAUGAAAUCGAAAUUAUAUCCGACGACGAAAUAAAACCAAAUACAAUAGUAAAUCAACAUCGAUACAAUAGCCACCAUCAACAUUACAAAUUAUUAACAAGAAAUCAAAGAAAAAAUCGAAAGAAACGAGCUAAACGAUAUCAAUAUGAAGUAAUUCGGAAAGUUUAUGAUAGAUUUACCAUUAGCAAUAUCAAGAAAAUCUUAAUAUUCAUGAACAUUUCUUAUGUGAAUAUAAAUAUCGUCGGACAUACGUUAUUUUUAGGUGUAAAGAACGAACAAAUAAAAAAAGAAGUUGAUGAAACAUUACACGGUGGCUUAUUUACUGAAGAACAUUAUUAUCAUAUUCGCAAGAAACUACGCCUCGACAAAUAA